GUCGGCCAUUUUUUAAAGUUGUCCGAAGUGGAGCCAGUCGAUAUUCAUCUGGUGCUUUUUCUAAAAAUUAAUUGGAUUUAAUAUAUUUAAAAAACAAAUUAUUGCAAGGAUGGCUGCCAGAAAUUUAAUUUUCGGAGAAAGCUUUAAAAAAUGGGCUUACCAAGCCUCCCGAUUCAACCAAUAUGGCCUGUGGCAUGACGAUAUUCUUUACGAAAGUCCUCCAGUAGCUGAAGCUUUGCGUCGUUUACCGCAGCACAUUAGAGAUGAACGCAAUUUUCGAAUUGUACGCGCGAUGCAACUGAGUUGCCAAAAAUCUAUCUUACCCAAGGACCAAUGGACUAAAAUGGAAGAGGAUAAACGCUACCUUCAACCUUACAUACAUGAAGUAUUGGCAGAGAUUAAAGAAAAGGAAGAAUGGAAUAAAGAAUAGGAGAGAAGUAUCAAUUAUAGUAUAAAAAUACAAUAAAUGCAUUACGAAUAAUCCGUGACUUAAUAUUUUCAUCGGGUUUAAUGUGAGAUUUGUUACAAUCUUCGUGUACAUAUAAAUAAACAUUUCAGUUUUAAAAAGAGC